AUGCCGCCGCCUACGGUGGUGACUGUGCUGAAUAGGUUGAUUAAGAUACUUGAAAACCCAUUUGCGACCGAAAUCACAGAUGAGUCCAGUUCCCAUCCAUGGAUGACAAUUUGUAGAGGAGUAUACGGAAGAACGAGCAGUGGUACACAUCAGGCGGCUGUCACGGCUCCUAGACAUAGUCGCCUGCACCACACGUCAUUCGGAGUCUCAUCUUCUUCUCCCAAACCGAGCGGUCGAACCGGGGUUAAGGUACCCGGUACAGCCGACGCUGAACCCGGUGCGGGACAAUGCACCUUCAGAAACCACUCCGAAGCUGAGGCCCCCAAGGCAAAGCUCACGAAGUCCGACGUUCCUGCCUCCUUCGACGGAGGAGAAUCGGCUGAAAAAGUGGACGCCGUGGCGGCGAUGAUGUACCCGCCACCUAGGCUGGGGCAGUUCUACGACUUCUUCUCGUUCUCUCACAUCACUCCUCCCGUUCAAUAUAUUAGAAGGUCAACUCGACCAUUCCACGAGGAUAAAACAGAUGAUGAUUUCUUUCAAAUUGAUGUACGGAUUUGCAGUGGGAAGCCAACAACAAUUGUUGCUUCUAGGAAAGGCUUUUACCCUUCUGGAAAGUGUAUUCUUUUGAGCCACUCGUUAGUUGGCCUGUUGCAGCAGAUAAGUCGAAUAUUUGAUUCUGCAUACAAGGCUCUCACGAAAGCUUUCACUGAGCAUAAUAAAUUUGGGAAUCUUCCAUAUGGUUUCCGAGCAAACACAUGGCUAGUCCCCCCGAUUGUUGCUGAAUGCUGA